GCUGUUCUCUUAGGUGAAGUCCAAGGAUAAAAUCAGCCUUCGGCACACAGCACACUUUGACUAGCACCUACGGAUAAGGCUCUUUUGCACUCCGCCAUUUCCAUUCACCACGACCUCUCUCUCUCUCUCUCUCUCUCUCUCUGAAUUGAACUCUUCUCUAAUCUUAACCUCAACAACCUCAAAUCAUGACCUCUAAUGUUCUUCCUCAGGCCUUGUGUACGAUCCCUCGAAACCCUAAACUCUGCCAUCCGAAGACGCUAGGGUUUUCCGCAUUCGUCUCCCGCCGUCCCUCUCCCCUCGAUUCCGCGCGACUUUCGACUUCCUGCGUUACAGUGAACGCAUUUGGACCAAGUCUCGAUCCUGUCAUCCUCGCGAAAACGAGCAGUAAUCGUUCCUUUAUCGUUAGAGCGGAAUCGAAUCCAGAAGGAGAAGGAACAAUUGAGAAUGCUGAGGAGAAUGAAGCUGUUGAUUCGGAGGCCUCUGAAGCAGAGGCAGGAGUGGCAACCAAGGAUGCUGCGGUGGUGAAAGAGCCGAGAAAGCCUCGGAUCAAGCUGGGAGAUAUAAUGGGGAUCUUGAAUAAGAGAGCUGUUGAAGCGUCUGACAAUAUAAGGCCAAUUCCAGACCUCAGGACCGGAGAUAUUAUCGAAAUCAAGAUGCGAGUUCAAGAAACUAAACGUAGACUGUCCGUAUACAAAGGUAUAAUCAUAGGGAGGCAAAAUGCUGGUAUUCACACAACAAUCAGGGUUCGGAGGAUAAUUGCGGGCGUUGGAGUUGAGAUUGUAUUCCCUAUAUACUCACCUUUGAUUAAAGAGAUAAAAGUAAUUAAGCACAGGAAAGUCAGGAGAGCAAAGUUGUACUAUUUGAGAGAUAAGCUGCCCAGGUUUUGCACUUUCAAAUGAAAACCUUCAAUGCAUCUUCUUGCCAGUGUAUUUUGCCUUUUAAAAGCCUUUGUCAUUAGCUUCCCAUGGAAAUUGAAAGAACGGAAUUUGUUUUGACCUUUUCCUGAUGAAUGUAAAAUGCAGUCCUUUGUUGA